AGUUGAUGGACUCUUUCUAUUUUGGCGGUUUCUGGUGCUGAUUCGUUCGGAGAUAUAGCUACACGAGAUUAUCUACACAUCCAUCCACGGACCACUGUUUGUUCCGUAACCUCCGGCACGGAUCAUCAGUACAUACAUGUGCAGUUUUACAUCAAAAUCUCAGGGGAUGGAUAGUGUCUCUAGUAACAUGAUCAACAUCGCAUCUCGUCCAAUACAAUCAUGCUCAACGAGCCAUGAUCAAAACAUCACCAUCGAUUUAAAAGUGGACUAUCAAUUACCACGACAUCCAAUCUGCGUCUCAGAACGGUAUGUGGCUGAUCAGUAGUCUCUGAACCAAAUUGAAUCGCGCGUCUAUCAGAGGGAAUAGUCAGAAGCACUUUUGUCUUUGUCAUCUUGGCGCCUUGCAUUCUCGUGUUGCGACUGGACGCCUUGAGAUGUCUGGUCCGGCUGAAGCAUUGUAGUCGGGUUGGUCAUGCGACACGUAACAACGGAUAUUCCUAUAGAAAUUGUAAUCAAUCGUAUUGUGGCUGAGGAACAAGGAAAGGGGUGGUUAUUAUGGGAGAUCUGCUUGGUCUUUGUCUCUGAUUACAUUUCUCUCGAUCUUCACCAUCUUGGGAUUGGUGUUUUACGAUGACAUCUCACCGCUCUUCAUUUGCGGGCAGCUGACUUGUACAAACAAGUUUGAGACCUCAUUCAUGACUCUUGCAUGAUUUAUCCAGAAAGGGAAGUAUCGCCUCACUUAGGAGGGCGAAAGAGUCUUGUUGACAGGCAUCACCAGGCGGUCACAGGGAAGAGAACGACGUUCACUCCCCCAUCGAUCCAUAUUUCAGGCGCCUCCAUUCAUCGUGAAAGCGGAUCAGCGAAGCGGCCGCUCUAGCUUCAACUCAUCCGAAGCCUCCAAUACAAAGCUCGAUGCCCUCUUGGCAUGGAGAAGCGGGCCUUUCUCUCAUUGAACAUCUCGGCCCAAAGGGCAUCGGGGAAAUAACCCAAUCGUCAACACGAUGGGGGGAUUCCCACAGCCCUAUCCAAGUUGAUAUCACUCCACAGAGACCCCCCUCGGCUUCUUUGCCUCAGGGAUCGACCGCCGCAGGACGGAUCACCGACUGCUCCGCGGAUGACGGAAUUCCGAGGUGGUCUGGUAUCUGUGUCCGUCAGGCCUCCAACUGGAUGGAGAGUGUGCGAUGCAAGUGCACGAAAAGCCUGAAACCUGCAACAGGUCCACCUGUACUCACUCAUCUGAGAGGAUGUUGUACGAGCGCUGUCCUGUGCCGAGUAUAUCACGACUUGCCAGGCCUAUUGUUUCUUCUCUCAUGUCUGAGGUGCAGCAGGCGACAUGUCGGUAGCUGAGAUGUGAAAGCUGACGGGCUGCAGCGGGUCGGGAAGAUCUGUGGGGUUUUGAGGCCAUUGGAAAGUUGAGGGGGGAAAAAAAGCAAUAUUCCCACGAGCCAUUGCGACAAUGGACACACUUUCACAUGAGAAUUGCCACGGAAAUAAGAGCCAAGUGGCCUGAGAAUAUUGUCAGUCUCAACGAGAGCCCGGGGUUCGAAGCUGGGAUGCUGCUUGUUAAGCAAGUUCAACUAUUGAACACAGAUGUCUCACAGAGAUGAUGUUGUACGACGCUUACUAUUGCACAGCUCAUCCGGCAAUCCGUGAGCCUCAAAAGCUCUCUAGAGACUUUGCUUUUUACUCAUGGUGCAAAGUCCUAUUAUUGCCACAUAAAGUUAUUUUGGCAGCUUGCGAUACCUGAACUUAAUGUCUUGUAUCAGAUUGAGGAUAUUUACGGUGGUGGGCUAUUUUUACAUCUCGACCAACAAUGCUCGGAUCGCCCUCAGAAUCCUGCAGGACUGAGGAUUCAAGCGUCAAGACUUGAAUGCUACGCCGCUAUUCUUGACUCAUAGCUCCAGUUGACAGCGGGCAAAUAGCACUCACUGUGCCCCAUUGUCGCGUUGAGGAUUUAAUCCUCGGCGCCAAUGCUCAAGGAGUCCAAUGCCUGUCGUCUCUUCGCUAAACGUUAUCCAUAGGGCUGGCCUUUUUUUUCUUCCCUUCCGUCAAUUCUAAUUUAUUCGAGACGUUUCUUAUCUCUGUGAAGUGCCGAGGGCGAGUGUCAGUGAAGCUGCUAACCGACGAGUCUUUAGCGAGGGCGAUCCUCUAUCUGAAACCCACGUUAAUUAAGGUUACGUCGGGCGAUGUGCCCUCAACUGGGAAUAUGGCCUUUGCUGUUGCGAUGACACAGAAAGGACAUGAAAUGACAUUUCGGCUUCCUCGGACCUAAUCUCGAUAGCUGUAAGCGGUGACUUACAAUGCGGUCGACCUACCUUUUGAGGCUAUAUUACCUUGCUCUUGAGAAGGAUGAAGCUAUAAUAACGGGUGAUAAGGGCCUGACGAUCGACAUGAUGAUGGGGGUGCAAAGAGACGGACGAAUUAAACAGCUCACGCCCACCUUUCGUAGCGUCUACCAAAAGUGGAAUGCUUCCAGAAAUAUUCUCGUAUGCUUCCUCUUUUGGGCUCCCGACAUCAGGGGUUUUCUGUUCUCUGACCCUGUCCCCAGCUGGGCCACGCAAUGCAAUCCCUGCAGGGGAGACUGAGAGAACCCGCUUCUUAUUCCUGUCUUGGGAUUUAAGAUUCAUUGGGUCAUGCUCGUUUCUCCAGAUUGGACUGGACUUAAACGCGCUCUUUGUCUUUUGUUGCAGGGCGAGACCUCGGUGCUUAUGCGGGCCAGGCUUGUUUUGGCACGUAAACGCUGUAUCCUUGCCUUUUCAUAACAUAACAUCGAGCACAUAUUGGUACAGGUAAACCUGGAGAUAGCUGUACGUAUCCGUACAUAGUGGUAAUUAACUCGAGACAAUCACAUGAAAAAGCUGGGGCUGUAGUGGACAAGGCCCGUUCUCAUAAGGCUCCAGUUUAUACUUUUUGGGUCCGUCCUUGGGAAAAAGGGCUCAAGCACCGACACUACUCGGUAUAAUUCCGCGCUUGUUGAGAGCUUGGUCGCGGAACAUGAUAGACUUUACUCCGUACGGAUUGUGGGUUUUGGUUCACAAUUCAGUUCAAUAUUUGAUCCACUCUAUUGCGUUGAGCCGUUGACCUGAAAGGCAUGUUCCGUGAACCAUGAAUGCAUCACCUCAGAGUCUGGACCUUGAUAACACAAGUUUGAGUUGAAACUAGGUACUUUCACAUAUCAACCAGA